AUGAUUGCUUAUCGAUGUGUUCUCAUCGUCGUCAUCAGUAUCUUACUGGCCACGACCUUUCCUGUGGAUGCGAAAGGCUGUUGGAACGUGAACGGAGAUGUGAACCGAAAGCGCAAUAACAAAGAUUGCUACGCAGCAAUGAAGAAAAUCAUCUUCGACACUAGUGGCAAAGCUCCACACCUUCCUACAGAUGAAGGCGUAGUGAAAACGAUCUCUGGCGGCUGCAGCCUAAUCGUUAAGAAUCCAAAUCAUGCUAUUGUCACAGAGCCCGAUAUCAAAGUGGCCCUUGAGGCCCUUUUCAAGAAAUGCCCAAAUAUUGGUGGAUAUGUCAUGUUUCCAAAUAUCCCUCAAGCCAGUCUGGAGAUCAGGGAGCGCGCGGCGGCUGGUUCAAGAUAUGAGGCAUUCAAUCCCGAUGCAGAGCUCGACAAACCGUAUUGCUAUCAGGCCAAGGGAAUGCCAGAUAUUAAAGCAAACGACGACUGCAUAAAAGCCUACGAAGGCCUCAGCACGGAUUCCCAGGGCCGUAUCAGCCCCACAACAAAUGGGGCCCAUGUGGUCUUCCAAUCAUGCUAUGUGAGUCAAACGGGCCAAGCCAACAUAAGAACUCCACUACUCUUGGCAAAUGACUGACAUGAACAAAACUCAACGUCAUUAGUUGAGCAUCUCCACAACAGAUGAAUCAAUGCUUCAAGUCAUGAAGAAAGACGCUGAUGCAAUUGUUAAAAACAUGAUUACAAAAUGCGAUAAGAAGUCGGGCUUCGUUAAUUUGCGGGGAGCACAGGGGAAAAAUGGGAGAGUGUUUGUUGAGACACAUGCGGCAUAAAUUGUAGACUCGAAAGACGACAGUUCAUCUUUUCUCGAUUCCACCUUUCAAUUGCAUAGGUAUCCCAUUUCGCACCUUGUAGGUUAAACUGUAGUGGACACUUUUUUUUUACAAUCUGUAAAUCUGCUGUACAUAGUCAAGCACCAUGUUUUACUCGUCAAAUUGAGCAAAGGACAAGACAGAC